AUGGCGGAUGAUAAUUAUUGGCAAACGGUGCUAAUAACUGUUCCCAUUAUUGGAGCUACUAUCGCCACCCUCUUCUUUCUUCUCCGUCUCUAUAGCAGACUACUCAUAGGCAAAAAACUCGACAUUGGUGACCUCCUGAUGUUUUUUGGCUUGUUCUUCUCUUAUGGAGCGACUAUAAGCACAAUCCUUGCUGCUGUCAGAGAAGGGAAAACUGAUAUAUGGGGACUGGGAAGUGAACAUCGCCAGAAGGCUGCACUUCUUUUCUGGAUCACUCAGACAUUCUGGCCGUUAUCGCAAGCUUUCAUCAAGUUCUCGACAAUUAUCCUUCUACGUAACCUACUUGGUUCUGCGCAAAAAUUGCAUCUCACGACUACGAUCCUCCUUAUAUUCACUACAGCUUGGGGUAUAGCCUCAUUACUGGUGAAUAUCUUCCAAUGCUGGCCCCCUCAAUAUUUCUGGCUUCAAGAAAGUAUCCAGGGAACUUGUAUUCCCUCACAGACAGCUUUCUACAUAUCAAUAGGCACCCUGUCUCUCGUGGAAGACAUUUUAAUUCUAUCUCUUCCAGUUGCCGUUGUAUGGCGAUUAAAACUCGCACUCUGGGACAAGAUUCAACUCACGGGUCUUUUUUCUAUUGGCAGUUUGUAUGCCCUCAAAAAUAUCCUGAUAAAUAUUCAACUUUGA